UUUAAAGAAAAAAAAAAGAUAAUAUUCUAAUUUGCAGAAGCCCAUAGUGAUCCUUCGCUCAGCCAAAUAGUUAUAUUUGUGUUUCGAUCAUCCAACAAAGUGGUCUCAACAACCCUCAAUCAAAACCCAACAUUUGAAAGAAAAUAAGGUGAAUUUCAUUCGGGCAAAGGGUAUAACGUUCUAAGAACAAAAAAAUUUGCAUUCUGAAGGAAAAAUUACCAUAGGUGUUGCAGAGAAUUAAAAUAUAGCAUUAACUUAUCGAACCUUCAGGAACAGGUGUUUACAUAAAAUUCAAAUGACUGUAAAUGUGGGGCCAAACAAUUAAGAACCCAGAAAAUAAACACUUCGAAUUCCUUCAAAUCUGAGCAAGAUUAGCUGGAACUAUAAAUGGAACAUGUAUUUUCCAUCUACUUCCAAACGCUGCAAUUGAAAUAACAUCUGAUGUACAAUGAGAAAACUCAUUGUACAUAAAUGAAAUUACAGGUGGGAAGCAGCAGAAGGUGCUUUGCUAGGCAUCAAGCACCUGUUAUUCCAGAAUAAACGUGGAUUAAGAAACUUUCAAACAUCUGUACUGCGUACGAAUGAACAGAACAUAUGCGGCAAGCUAAUAUUGGGUACGAAUGCAGCUCUUUAAAAUAAAAACUAAAUUAUUAUUUUUUAACUCAAAUUGAAUGCAAACAGAAAAAUAAAAGCGUGUUGCCGAUUAAUCCAAAUUGUGGGGGAAAAAAGAAAUCUUCGAGGGCUAACUUGAUAGCUCACGAAAUCGAUAACCACAUGGCGGCACUGAGAGAGCAGUUUCUUCAUAUGAUGUUGUUGAUUUCACUUGUGUCUCCAUGUUGCUACGCCUUCACAUGGGGAAAAUGCAGGACUAUAUGCAGGUCCAAGUUUUGCCGAGAAGCACCGCUUCUAAGGUAUGGGAAAUACUGCGGGCUAUUUUACAGUGGAUGCCCCGGUGAAGAUCCGUGUGAUGGGCUUGACAGAUGCUGUAUGACUCACGACCACUGCAUUGGUAAAUCAAAGUACUUAAGCAAGCCAUGCAAUCAGGCUCUGCUUGACUGCGUCCGUGCUUACCAAAAUUCUGGAGAUGGGCAGUUUUCAGGUAAUACCUGCAAAAUAGGAGAUGUGGAGAACACCAUUAAAGUCGCCAUUGAAGCAGGUAUUUGGAUUGGAAAUGGAAAUGGUAUUGGAGAUGGACCCACUGUUCCUUCAUCGACCGAUCAUCUAUUAUCCUCUACUCCCGGCCCCAAAUUAUAAUCCUUGAUAUCAAAGCUGGCCAAGAAUAGUGGAAGAACUAAUUUAUAAUGUCUCUAUUAAAUCUGUUUCAUUUCAUCCUCGGUCCGAUUUUAUAUAAUUUAUACGCUGGGAAUCCACAAAAAUUAUUUGUAAACUAGUUUUUAAUAUGAGGAGGAUCCAAAGCCCUGUGUUUGAGGAUUUGGCGAGUCUCCUCUAAACUUUUUAUUUUUGUUUAGAAUUUUGAAAUUUUAUUACAUGUUGGUGAGCAGUCAACAUGAAUUAAUCCAUCUCACCUUCAGAAACACUAUUCUGAACUUUUAUCAAAAGGCUUGUUUCUAUCUAUCUGGUGUACAAAAC